UCCGUAUCCCGGCGUGCAACAGGGGGGUCUCUUACACCUACUUCCGAAUCGUCUCUUUGGUGUCCCAGAACACCGUGCGCCAGGAAAAAUGGCCGCAGAUCGACAGCCGGUAGCCGGGAUGGAAGAAAAUAAAGAGAACGAGAAACUGGGCGUCGGGGGAAAGCCGGGAGCACUGGGGGACAGUCUUGGGCUGGAGAUCUUGCAGAUUAUCAAGGAAUCUCAGCAGCAGCAUGGAAUGCGCCAUGGAGACUUCCAAAGAUAUCGAGGAUACUGCUCACGCAGGCUCAGGCGCCUUCGGAAAACCCUUGGCUUUAAAAUGGGAAACAGACAUAAAUUUACAGGGAAGAAAGUGACUGUGGAGAUGUUAACAGAUAACCGUUACCUGCUGAUCAUUUUAAUGGACGCUGAAAGAGCCUGGAGUUACGCCAUGCAGCUUAAAAAUGAAGCCAACACUGAACCUCGCAAACGCUUCCACUUGUUUUCCCGCCUGCGCAAAGCUGUCAAACAUGGAGAGGAGCUGGAACGCUUGUGUGAAAGUGACCGUGUGGAUGCAAAGACCAAGUUAGAAGCUCAGGCGUAUACAGCUUAUCUUAGUGGAAUGUUGCAUUUUGAGCAGCAGCAUUGGGAAGAUGCUAUGAAAGCUUUCAAUAAGUGCAAGACCAUUUAUGAGAAGCUUGCAAGUGCUUUCACUGAGGAACAAGCUGUGUUGUACAAUCAGAGAGUGGAUGAAAUCUCUCCCAAUAUUCGUUACUGCGCUUAUAACAUUGGAGAUAAAACAGCUAUGGAUGAGUUGAUUCAAAUGAGACUUCGCACUGGUGGAACAGAAGGGCUGUUGGCUGAGAAGUUAGAGGCUUUAAUAACCCAGACAAGAGCAAAACAAGCUGCUACAAUGAGUGAGGUGGAGUGGAGAGGACGCACAGUACCUGUUAAAAUUGAUAAAGUGCGAAUCUUCCUACUGGGACUAGCAGAUAAUGAAGCUGCAAUUGCACAGGCUGAAGAUGAGGAGACUAAGGAGCGUUUGUUUGAGACUGUGCUGAGCGAGUGCAGGGAUGCCAUACAAUGUGUACGGGAAGAGCUCAAAACAGAACAGAUGCAGAGAGAUGCGGACACAGAGUUUGGCAAAGUCUCCAACUUACAGUAUUUGCACAGCUACCUGUCUUACAUCAAGCUCUCCACAGCCAUCCGACGUAAUGAGAGCAUGGCCAGCGGUUUGCAGAAAGCCCUUCUCCAACAGCCACUGGCCGAAGAGGAAGGAAAGAGAGGUCCACGCCCUCAGGAUCUGAUCCGACUCUAUGAUAUUAUCCUUCAGAAUUUAGCAGAACUGAAUCCGCUUCCUGGCUUGGAGGACGAUCGUAAUUUCCAAAGAGAGAUCACUUUGAAGACCCUGGUGUACAAAGCCUACAGGUGCUUCUUCAUUGCUCAGUCCUAUGUACUGGUAAAGAAGUGGAGUGAGGCGCUGGUUCUGUAUGACCGAGUGCUGAAAUAUGCGAAGGAAGUGCAGGCUCAGACUGGUGCUGCCAAGAACACGCUGAAGGAGUUACCAGAUGUGAAAGAGCUGAUAUUGCAAGUUAAUGCUGAGAAGUACUCUCUACAGGCUGCUGCCAUCCUUGAUUCCAGUGAUAAGCCAGACGAGGUCUCCCCUUCUCAAGUAAAAAACAACAAGCCUCUGUCCGAUCGCUUGGAUGUCUUUUCACUUGACCCAUCCAUCGUAGGAAAACAUGCCAGCCUGGUUCAGUUCCCGCCUCACUUCCAUCCGAUUCCAUGCAAGCCUCUUUUCUUCGACCUGGCUCUGAAUCAUGUGACUUUGCCCUCUCUGGAAGAUAAGUUGGAGCAGAAGUCUAAGAGUGGCUUGACCGGCUACUUCAAGGGUUUUUUUGGAUUUCGCAGUUAAUGGAAAGGAAAGGCCACAGAUAGGAGAACAUCAUUUGUUUUUACUACUUGGAUCCACAGCCGAAUGCUGGUGUAAAGCGUCACUGAUGAUUCCAUUUAAUUUAUAAUAUUAUCAAGGACAGUGGCAGAGUAUUUGCUUCCUGUUUUUGCUAAAUUUGUCAGCACAAUAUGACAACAUUAUUUUCACCCCAGUACCCCUGGAUUUAUUGGACAGAAACACGUACCCCAGUCAUGAUGCAUUUUAUUUACUACCCUGGCAAAUAUUAAUCCAGAUGGUAUAAUAUUAAUCCAGUUUAGUGAAUGUCACAUAAAGUCUUACUUUAGUUUUUAACUGUAUCAGAAUAUGAACUUCUUCCCCAGCCCUAUCCAAAGUGACCAGCACUACCGUUUAGUGUAGCCUUUCUCCAAUCUUCGUUUGUAGCCUGGGGAGCAAGAUGGAGACUGUACUGACACAUGUAACUCCAUUACGGUUAAAAAAAAUGAACUCUAGUUUGCGUUUCUAGUUUUCUCAGAAAAAUGAGAACUUUAAUAGUGAAAUGAACUUGUUUGCUACAGGCUCAUCUCGUGUGAGUGUUGCCUGUCAAGGGCAUGAUUAUUUGUGGCCCAUCUUCCACACGGUGGCCAGUUUGGGUAAAGAUCAUCUUAUUUGGCAAGUUUGCCAUGAGGAGAUUUUGAGUGUUUCUACAUCAACUUGCUAAAACACAUUAAAAUGCCCAAAAUUCCCCUCUACUGACCCUGAGGAGGAUAAACCCUGUGGCACAAGAAGAUGUCUGGUGCCAGCAGCAAUGAUUGUCUCAUCCAGCAGAGGAAAUACCCACCAGACCAUUUCAGGAGUCUCCUCAAGCUGCGUCAGUAUCAUUUUAAAAGCACCUUAUAAUUAGUCUUAUGUCAUGUAGGGUCGCUGGUCACUAUGCUGUGGAUAAAGUUUUUUGUGGGAAUUUUUGAUUUGGUUCAAAAUGGGGGUCAAUAAACUGCUUCCAUGUGAAAAUAAAAAAAA